UAGACGCUCUCUCUCUCUUUCUCAAAAUGCCUCCCGAGGAUCGGAUGAAUUAAGUUCGAAGAGACUGUGUGUGAGCUCGCAAGCACUGAAGUACGUGAAUGUAGAAUGUGUAGAGCAUUUCCACAUGAUUUGAACCUCCUCUCCUCAAGUUCUAUGAGUUAUCUUUUGAAGAAUAGAUUCUUUGUCAACUUCCGGCGGCGGUGCAGAAAGAUCGCUGGAGUUGAACAAAGCUAAUUUGCUUGUUGAUGAUGGGUCCUUUUCGAGCUUCAUUGUUUCUCUCCUCAGUUGCUUUCACCUGGAUUACAUUUCCUAAUCCACAAAAGAAAACAUUGGGGAUGAUGCUGGAUAUAGCUGUCAACUUGUAGAAUAUGGGUGAACUUUUUGCUUGAUGAUUUGCAUUUGUACUUUUGAAUGUGAACCUCUUUCAUAAUGAAGUUCACUUUCUGGGUGAGAACAAAUGGAGGUUCCUGCAAAGCUACUAUUGCUCUUUUCGUUAGCUUGAUCUCUUUUCAACAACUUAUCAGUGAUCAUUUAUCUGAGGGAUCAACCCUAAACAAGUGGACAUGCACAUGCUCCUCCGCAUAUGGAGACAAUCAAAAUUUUACAGACAAUAAUUGUUCCACGUCCUGUGAUUGCAGUCCUGCUGCAGGAGGAUCAGCCAAUAAUAGUUGGACAUGCAUAUGUGCAGCAGAGAACCAAAGCACCAGCUGCUUUACAUCUUGCAACUGCAGUUUUGGAUCAUCCGGUGAGAUAAAAUCGGCAAAGAAACAUAUAUUUAACAGAAGUGUCAUCAUAGUCCUUUCUGUAUGUUUUGUGUUCACAAUUACUGUUCUUGCUGCGUUAAUAUUGUGCUACAUCCAUAAGGAAAAAAGCCACUUGCUACAAUCUCUUCCAAGUUCAGAUAAAGAAACAAGUUGCAAUAGCACAACCAAACUCAUAAUCAAUAGUGCUGCACAAUCCAGAUUUUACAUCGAGUCCCCCAUUAACCCUGUUUUAGCUUGUUUUCAAGGAAGGAGAAAAUCAGUAAAUGGACCGGUUAAACAGUUUUCAUACUCCGAGUUGGUGAUUGCAACAAAUAAGUUCUGCAGUUCUAACUUGAUAGCUGUCGGAGGCAGCAGCCAUGUGUACAUUGGUCGUCUCAAAGACGGACGAACUGUGGCCAUCAAACGACUAAGAAGUCAUGGAGCACCAGAUACAGAAGCUGUUUUCUCUACUGAGAUUGAAUUGAUAUCAAGACUCCAUCAUCGUCACCUAGUACCUUUGCUGGGGUACUGCUCAGAAAACAAAGGAACAAAUCCUGAAAGGGUUUUAGUGUAUCAGUACGUUCCAAAUGGUAACUUAAGGGACAGUUUGGAUGGAGCUUCAGGAAUAUGCCUGGACUGGAGUACUCGAGUUGCAAUUGCACUUGGAGCUGCCAAGGGCUUAGACUAUCUCCAUGAGGCAGCUGCUCCAAGAAUCUUGCAUAGAGACGUCAAAUCUACUAACAUUCUCCUAGACGAGGAUUGGAGAGCAAAGAUCACGGAUCUGGGCAUGGCUAAACAUUUAAUAGAUGGCGUUCCUAGCUGCUCCAGCUCGCCUGCCAGAAUGCAAGGCACUUUUGGGUAUUUUGCACCAGAGUAUGCUAUCAUUGGAAGAGCAUCUUUCAAGUCUGAUGUUUUCAGCUUUGGGGUAGUUCUUCUUGAGCUGAUUAGCGGCAGACAAGCAAUUACCAGGUCAUCAAGAGGAGAAGAAGAAAGUCUCGUCAUUUGGGCUGGUCCAAGACUGCAGGAUAGUAGACGAGUUAUUUCGGAGUUGGCUGAUUUGAAAUUAAAAGGGGAUUUUCCAGAAGAAGAAAUGCAGGUUAUGGCUUACUUGGCUAAGGAGUGUUUAAUGUUGGAUCCUGAUUGUCGACCAACCAUGAGUGAAGUAGUUCAAAUACUUACCACCAUUGCCCCAGAGAAAUCAAGAAGGCUAAACCUCCCCUUAAAUAUUCUCCAGAAUUGUCAUAACAGGGAAGGCGAAGUAACUAAAGAUUGUAUCAAUCAACCCAUUGAAGAGAUAAUUGAAACCGAUCAGAUCAAGCAAGCAAACCGAUCAUGUAGGCGCUUCUCUCAAGAUGAUGACGAAGUGGACCUAACUGAGCCCAGGUUCGAAUCUUUCUCCAUGGAAAGCUUUAACAUCCCUCUGAGUUUGAUCCUAAAUGUAUAGGUUUUUUUUAAGGCAAUGGCUAUCAUUUUUCUUAAGCUGUUGUCUCUUGAUUUUAUUUUGCUUGGUAGUUUUGAUGACACUAUCAUAACAGAGUGAAAACAAACAAAAAGAAUUACAAAUUUGAAGACUUUUUUAAUUGAUUAUUAUUAUUAGGUCACUUAAUUG